UGUGAGCCAAUAGGUCUUGUCACCAUUCAGAAGGUUUAUAUCUGCUCCAGGCGAAAAGAGCUCCAGGCUCUCAUGAUGCUGCUCGGGACCUCAUGACUUUACAGAACUCAGCUAUAAUUCUACGUCUUGCCAAAGCAGCAGUUCGAUCUUCUGGCGUUCCUCGAAGUCACCUACACACGGAAGCUUCACAACUGGCUGUUGUUUCACGACAUCGAACUCUCAUCCCACUUUGAGCUUUCCGUCAGCUUUGCCUUUGACCUUUCAGCUUAUGCAGAACAUUGCCAUCCUCCUUUCUGACUGCAUCGCAACCUGAUGGUCUUGUUGAUGCUAUCGCCCACUGACGAGAGAAGCAGCUACUGAUUUUCUGAGGAGCCUGACUUUCUUGGUCCAUGUUCACUUCCCAUUUAUUCAGCAAAAGUCUCUAUGGCCGCAUCAAACAGCGCGAUGAACGGCACUUCAUCUUCUUCCCCCACCACUAUGGCUGCUUGCGCAUCGACUCCACCCACUACUCCGGCGGAAUCCACGUCGAUAAGCGUCACGUCUGAACCAGCAUUCUCCCCAGCGUCUGACCGAUUGGCACAGUACAUCCAGUCUCGAGUCGAAAAGAAACAUCGAGAGAAAGAGAUCAUUCGCAGCAAAGUGGGGCAGGCGAAAAAAGAGCUCGAUGAUAACCGCGAUCGCGAAUCCAAACUGCGCAAGACUCUGGUGGGAGAGGAGCAGACUCUUGUAACAGAGAAGAAGAGUCUUGAGAAGAUCGACAACAAAAUCAAGCAAGCUCGAGAGCAGUACAAGUCCAAGCAAAAGGAAGUCGCUUGCGUGCAAAAGUCCGUCAAUCAACUAAGAGGGGCAAUCACUAAGGUCGAGGGUUCCAUCCGCGAUGGCGAGACCAAUGUUAAGGAGUGGGAGCAGGAGCUGGAAGAUGGGCUUGAAAGCGAAACCGCCGAAAUCACUCGUCAAGCCAAUAUACUUGACAUGAGUGCUUCAGAGAUCGAAGCUAUGGCGAUACAUGCGGCGACCAACCGUGCCUUCGGAGAUAAAAUCGCGAGGGCGGCCCAAGACACAGCGACUUCAGUCAUGAUCAGAGAGAUCCAAAGCGAUAUGUAUAGCAGAAUGACAGGCGUUACUCCCGACGAGUUCAAAGACCUGAUGCAGCGAAUCCAAUCCACCAAGGAAGCACUGUUUGGCGAAGCCACGUGCGAAGAGGGCGAUGACGCAGACGAUGCGUCCGAGGAAUCUGAGAGCGAUCGCGACAGAAUUGGAGACUCCAAAGAAGUUUGCGCCGACAAGGCUGAUCCGGAAGAAACGGACAGCGAUGAUAAGAUCAUCAGCCCAGGCCGGCGAAGAAGCAAGCCCUCAGACAAGAAACCGCCCCCGAAAAGAAGAAGACUCAUCCGUACGUACCAGUCCUCGGGACGGCAGACGCGGAAGGAAAGACCGUCUCGUCAACGCCCCCGAUCUCCGCCUUCGCGGCCCAAACCAGAACCGUCCCCCGUUCAACACCCUGCUGAUUUCAUGAGGGUAGUCGAAACAGCAACCGGGUCGACAGAGUUCGGAGUUAUGCAGCGCGACAAGGAACCCGUCCGGAACUUGGUUCGCAAGGACCCAAUCCAGCCUCAAAGUCCUGGCCCCGAAAAGUAGACAUACCAGCACAGCGGCCGAGCAGGCGGACCAGGACACCGCCAUUUCCGCGCCAACCACACUUCAAGCCGCUGGGACAAACCAAGAGAAAGUCUAGGGUCCUGGUCUCAAAGUCCACAGACAACAACAUGGGGGGUGAGUCACGAGCUUUUAUGCAUGAGGAGAAUCGGGACAUUUUCCAACAGUCAUGUGCUGAAGCACAUCGACGUAGACUCGAAAGCCUAACGACAUGGAUUUCAUCAUAUGGCUUCGAAU